ACUGCGGGGGUGGGAGCGGGCUGCGACAGAGACCGCAACCAUGGGCGGGAAGAACAAACAGCGCACGAAGGGGAACCUGAGGCCUUCCAACAGUGGCCGAGCUGCAGAACUCCUUGCCAAAGAACAGGGAACCGUGCCUGGGUUUAUUGGUUUUGGAACAUCGCAAAGUGACUUAGGCUACGUUCCCGCUAUCCAAGGAGCUGAAGAAAUAGACAAUCUCGUAGAUUCUGAUUUCCGAAUGGUGCUGCGGAAACUUUCCAAGAAAGAUGUCACAACAAAAUUAAAAGCUAUGCAGGAAUUUGGAAUAAUGUGUUCAGAGCGGGACACAGAAAUUGUAAAAGGAGUUCUCCCAUACUGGCCAAGGAUUUUCUGUAAAAUUUCACUUGAUCAUGACCGCCGGGUUCGAGAAGCCACACAGCAAGCUUUUGAGAAACUCAUUCUUAAAGUAAAGAAACACUUGGCUCCCUAUUUAAAAAGUUUAAUGGGAUAUUGGCUAAUGGCUCAGUGUGAUACCUAUACACCAGCUGCAUGUGCAGCUAAAGAUGCAUUUGAAGCAGCUUUUCCUCCAAGCAAACAACCUGAAGCUAUAGCAUUUUGUAAGGAUGAAAUUGCCAGUGUGCUUCAUGAUCAUCUUAUAAAAGAAACACCUGAUACACUCAGUGACCCACAAACUGUUCCAGAAGAAGAAAGACAAGCUAAAUUCUAUCGAGUUAUAACUUGUUCAUUAUUGGCUCUAAAGAAAAUGCUUUGCCUCUUGCCUGAUAAUGAGAUUAAUUCUCUGGAGGAGAAAUUUAAGUUUCUUUUAUCACACAAUAAGUUUUGGAAGUAUGGAAAACACAAUAUACCUCAGAUCCGCUCAGCUUAUUUUGAAUUAGUUUCAGCUUUGUGCCAGCGUAUUCCACAGCUAAUGAAAGAUGAAGCAUCCAAAGUGAGCCCAUCUGUUCUACUUAGCAUUGAUGAUAGUGAUCCUAUGGUGUGCCCGGCUCUCUGGGAAGCCGUACUGUAUACACUUACAACUAUUGAGGACUGUUGGAUGCAUGUCAAUGCAAAAAAAAGCGUGUUUCCCAAGCUGUCAGCUAUAGUCCGGGAAGGUGGUCGGGGCCUGGCUACUGUGAUAUAUCCGUAUCUGUUGCCAUUUAUCAGCAAACUCCCUCAGUCCAUAACAGAUCCAAAGUUGGAUUUCUUCAAAAAUUUUCUCACCUCUAUAGGAACAGGGAUGUCCACAGAGCGAAUCAAAACCAGCUUUUCCGAGUGCUCAGCUGUAGCAGCUGCUUUUUUUGAAUGCUUACGUUUUAUAAUGCAGCAAAACUUGGGUGAGGAAGAUAUGGAAAAGAUGCUUGUCAAUGAUCAGUUGAUCCCUUUUAUUGACUCAGUCCUCAAAGAGCCCAGAUUACAAAAUGGACAAAUGUUUAACCACUUAGGUGAUACUUUGACUUCCUGGGAAACCAAAGCAGACAAGGAAAAAGAUGAUAUAGCAGCUCGUAAUUUGGAGAAAGUACUGUUCAAUUUCUGGGAAAAACUGUCAGAGAUCUGUGUUGAGAAAAUUAAUGAGCCAGAAGCUGAUGAUCAGUCUGUUUUGGGAGUAUCUAAUCUAUUACAGGUCCUUCAUAAGCCAAAGAGUGCAUUGAAGUCACAUAAAAAAAAAGUCGGUAAGGUUCGAUUUGCUGAUGAAAUGCCUGAGAGUCACAAAGAGAAUGAGAAAAGCCUGUCUUCAGAGGGAGAGCACAGCGAAGGCUCGGACUUGGUGCCUGACCCUCUCACUCAGCCUCCUUCCGACGCCGUGUCUCCUCUACGGAAGAAAUCUUUGGAAGACUUGGUCUGCAAAUUAGCGGAAAUGAGUAUAAAUUUUGUUAAUGAACAAAUGUCAGAGCAGCAUUUAAGGUUUCUUUCGAAUCUGCUAGGCACCUUCUCUUCAAGCCAGGUCUUUAAAGUGUUACUAGGUGAUGAAAAUCAGAGUAUUGUCAAAGGCAAAUCUCUUGAAAUUAGUAAGCUUGCACAAAAAAAUCCUGCCGUGCAGUUUCUGUACCAGAAAUUAAUUGGUUGGCUAAAUGAAGAUCAAAGGAAGGAUGCGGGUUUCCUGAUGGACAUUUUAUACAGUGCCCUCCGUUGCUGUGACAAUAAUACGGAAAGAAAAGAUAUCUUGGAUGAUUUAACACAGGUGGAGUUGAAAUGGAGUUCUCUUCUGCAGGUUAUUGAAAAGGCAUGUUCCAGUUCAGAGAGACGUGCUUUAGUAACUCUCUGGCUAAAAGGUGAUAUCCUUGGAGAGAAAUUGGUAAACUUGGCAGAUCACUUAUGUAACAUGAACUUGGAAUCCACAGUAUCUCCAGAGCCCUACUUCUCAGAAAGAUGGAUCCUGCUAAGUGUGGUGUUAUCCCAACAUUCUGAAAAUGAUUACUUGAUUGGAGAAGUAUAUGUUAAAAGAAUAAUUAAUAAACUUCAUGAAACUUUGUCCAAAACAAAGACAUUGUCAGAAGCUGAAAAUAGUGACUCAUCAAUAGCUUAUGUCUGUGAUGUGGCCUAUGAUUAUUUCCGCUCAGCAAAAGGAUGUUUGCUUAUGCCACCAUCUGAAGAUAUGUUAUUAACACUCUUUCAGUUAUGUGCUCAGAGUAAAGAAGAAACACAUUUGCCAGACUUUCUUAUCAGUAAACUGAAAAAAACGUGGCUGUCUGGCUUAAAUUUCCUGAUCCAUCAAACUGACAGUGCCUACGAGAGGAGUACCUUCCUACGGCAGUCUGCUCUUUGGCUCAGGAGUCAAGUUCAGUCUUCAUCUUUGGAUGUCAAAAGGCUGCAAGUUCUCUUGUCUACUGUGGAUGAUUUCCUGGAAGAACUUCUUGAGAGUGAUGAUACUGCUCUUCUAGGAUUUUAUAUUGCAAGUGUUAUACCAAAUGACAGCGAAUGGGAGCAGAUGAGAGAGUGUCUCCCUCUGCAGUGGCUUCACAGGCCUCUUUUAGAAGGAAAACUGAGUUUGAAUCAUGAAUGUGUCAAAGUAGAUUAUGUGGUACAAGAUAUAAAUAUAGUUCCUAACCAUUUAUGUGCGUCAGCAUUAUUGAGCAAAAUGAUCUUUGUUGGACUGAAAAAAGAAGGCAUCCUAGAAGAUAAAGAAAUUGAGAAAAUAAUUGCAGAACUCCUCUAUUCCCUGCAGUGGUGUGAAGAAUUAUACAAUCCACCUGUUUUUGUAAGUGGAUAUUGUAACAUGCUUCAAAGAAUGAAUAUCACAUAUGAUAACCUAUGUGCACUUGGUAAUACUUCUGGCCUUUUGCAGCUGAUAUUUGACAGAUCCAAAGUAUAUGGCACCCUUUGGUCUCUUAUUAUUAUUAAGUUGAUCUCUGUUCGAAGGAUUACACCUGAGGAUGUAAAACAUCAGUAUAGGAGAGAAGAAAACAGGUUUUUCCCACUAACAGAGGGUAAUUUGCAUACCAUUCAAAUUCUUGGUCCAUUUUUGGUGAAAGAAGAAAAGAGAAAAUUUAUUGCUGACUGUAUACCUGCGCUUUUGUCUUGGCCGAAGACUGAUCUUUACUAUAUCGAUGGGGGUUUUGGAUAUUUUGCCAUUUUCAAUUCUUCUCUACAAACGAGAAACCUAGAGGAUGAAGAGUUGUUACAUGGCAUCCUAGAGGUCGUAAUGUACUGGAAGAACAACUAUGAAGAUGUCUUUCUCUUCAGUUGUAAUCUGUCAGAAGCAAAUCCAGAGACACUGGGUAUAAACAUAGAAAUGAUCCGCUUUCUCUCCCUGUUCCUAAAAUAUUGGACGUCUCCUUUGGCAGAUAAUGAGUGGGAUUUCAUCAUGUGUUCCAUGCUGGCUUGGUUGGAAACAGCAAGCAAGAAUCGUGCCUUGUAUUUUGACCCUCUUGUACAACUCUUUGCCUAUGUCAGCUGUGGUUUGGCCUGUGACCUCAGUGUGUAUUUUGAUUCCAAAAAUCUGAGUACCAUUGGCAAGCUUCCUGAAAAUCUGAUCAAUGAAUGGAAAGAAUUUUUUUCCCAAGGCAUCCACAAUCUGCUGUUACCUCUUUUGAUGACUGUUACAGAAAGCACAGAUUCAUCUGAAACAUCCUUUCAGAAUGCAGUGCUGAGGCCCAUGUGUGAAGCAUUAACAUAUAUGUCAAAGGAUCAGCUGCUGAGACACAAACUCCCUGAGAGAUUUGUUGCUGGCCAAGAAACAAACAUACUGGAACAUCUUCAGACUUUGCUAAAUACAUUGACCCCGUUACUCCUUCACAAAGCUAGACCAGUACAGAUUGCUGCUUAUCAUAUGCUCUACAAAUUGAUGCCUGAAUUACCACAGUAUGAUCAAGAUAAUUUAAAGUCAUAUGGAGAUGAGGAAGAAGAGCCUGCCCUGUCACCUCCAGCAGUGCUGAUGUCUCUUCUUAGCACUCAAGAGGACCUACUAGAAAAUAUUCUGGGAUGUGUUUCUGUUGGACAGAUAGUGACUAUUAAACCACUGAGUGAGGACUUCUGUUAUGUUCUCGGGUAUCUCUUAACUUGGAAAUUGAUUCUGACUUUCUUUAAAGCUGCUCCAUCGCAGCUCCGGGCUCUCUAUUCCAUGUACCUUCGGAAAACAAAGAGUUUGAAUAAGUUGCUGUCUCACCUGUUCAAGCUUAUGCCCGAAAACCCCACCUUCGGAGAGUCAGUUCUUGAGUUCUCAAAUAAGGAGCCUAAAACGUUCUUCACUGAGGAGCUCCGCUUGAGUAUCAGAGAAACAGCAGCUCUUCGUUACCAAAUUCCACACUUGGCGUGCUCAGUGUAUCACAUGACAUUAAAAGACCUGCCCGCUAUGGUUAGAUUGUGGUGGAAUAGCAGUGAGAAACGGAUUUUUAAUAUUGUAGAUAGAUUUACAAGCAAGUAUGUCAGCAAUGUGCUUUCCUUUCAAGAAAUAGCUUCUGUACAAACAAGUCCACAACUCUUCAACGGCAUGACGGUAAAAGCUCGAGCUACCACUCGAGAAGUAAUGGCUACGUAUACAAUUGAGGACAUAGUUAUUGAACUAAUAAUACAACUACCUUCAAAUUACCCCCUGGGCUCGAUAACGGUGGAGAGUGGGAAAAGAGUUGGAGUCGCUGUGCAGCAGUGGCGGAACUGGAUGCUGCAGCUAAGCACUUACCUCACCCAUCAAAAUGGUAGUAUUAUGGAAGGCUUAGCAUUAUGGAAAAAUAAUGUCGAUAAACGUUUUGAGGGUGUUGAAGAUUGCAUGAUCUGUUUCUCAGUCAUUCAUGGUUUCAACUAUUCUCUUCCCAAAAAAGCCUGUAGAACAUGCAAGAAAAAGUUCCAUUCAGCCUGUUUGUACAAAUGGUUUACGUCUAGCAACAAAUCCACUUGUCCACUCUGUCGUGAGACCUUUUUCUGAGAUAGUUCCCUUUCUCCCCACUGGAAGUGAACCACAAAGUCAAUCAAGUAAAGACAUUGGAUUUGGAUCCAUCUGAAAAAAAAUGUUAAUGUGAAGAAGCCAGUGAUCAUUACUUUUAAGUAGGAGGUUCUCUGGAAAAUUAUUUUGGUUAAUGUAAUGAUCCUGAAAUCAGACUUACUUAUCUUUUGAUUGCUUUGUAAGCAAAAGGUUUGGGAACCUUUUCUGUUACAUAAGAAUAUUACGUAUUUGAGAGAAAAUAUUUAUAUUAAUAGUUUAAUCUAUUUGUAUAUUUUAAAAUAAAUAUGACAAAGCCCUGAAUUACAGGAUGAGAAUUUGUUAAAGCAUUAUACCAACUAUAUUAGGCUGAUAAAUCUGUUUAGUUUGUUGGCCUGUUUGGUAUAACAGGCCAAGUGGAGCAGAAUAAAUUGAAAGGAGUAAUGAUUUACGUCUACAGAUAUUUUAAGAUUUGUUAUUUAUUUGACAACAAAAAUAAUGAGAAAUACUCUGAUAUUUGUAAUUUUUUUAAUUAUAAAAAGGACUAAGCCACUUAGUAUGGCUUAUCGUAAGCUAGUUAAAGCAUGUCUGACAUCCUGUAUAAGAAAGUGUAAACGGACUUUAAGACGCCUCCAUUUAUCAAGGGUUAUGAAAUUUAGAAAAUUACAUUCAUGACACUGACAGGCUUGGUUUGUGAAAGGAGAAUGUCCACGUACUCGUGAAAUGUGGAUUGCAAACUGGUCAGUGAAGUUAUUUACUCAGCUUGAAUGAGUCCCCAGGGGGUUAGAAUUUGAGAGAAAUAGAAAUCAUGAAGGUGAGAGGUAGUCAUCCCUUUAAUGAGAGGGGAGCUAAAUGAGUAUUUUUGAAACAUAAGAUGUGGUGGAAAAAACGCAAAAUUUGUAACUGUUGUAGGAAGGCUUCAAUUUUGUAUGCAAAUUUUUUUCUAUUCGUGGCCAAAGUUAACACUAAGGGAUUUAUGGUAGCUAAGUCAGCCUUCAGAAAUGAAAGUUAAGGAUUUUAAUAGUAAGUAAAAUUCCAUAUACUGGGCUGAAGAAGAGUGGAUGCACGCCUGUCAUUUGCCACAGUACUAUUGCCCUUAAUAUUUGUGCCCCAAAUGUAGACAUGUGGACAUUUGGAAUCUGGAAUACUUUCAUAGUAGUCUUCCAUUUCAUGGGAAGUGUUAGCAUAUGUAAUAGCUAGGUUACUUGAGAUCAACUGCUUAUCUCUGUUGCAAAUGUUUUAUUGAUAAAAAGCCACUCAUUAAAUAAAAUACUGCUUACUAUCAACUGGGUAAUAUGACUGUUAUUGAAAUAUUACAAAUAAGGUUAGAGGAUUGCAGUCAAGCGUGACUAUUUAUAGAUCUGUAGGUCCAACCCCAUUUUGUCUCCUAAUUUUUUCUGUGUAGUAUUUAUUAUCUUCUAGUUUUGAGGCAUAUGGAGUCAGUCAGUGAAGUACAGAUAGCAAAAUUCUACUACCUCUUCUUAACCCCUGUCUUAAAAUACUCUCUCUCGGUGUCUCUGUCCAAUAUAAUAGCCCCAAAGGAUUUUGUUAACUCCUUUGGGACAGCUCCUCCCCGCCCACCUUAAACAUGGUUUUAUAAUAAGGCUUUGUUUAUCACUUUUCCAGUAUUGGUACUUCUUGGCUUCUGACCUAAUCCCAAGUAGAAAAGGAGAGGGAAGAAUGGGCAUUGCGUUUCCACAUUAGUAUUUAGGGCGUCAGGUUCCUGAUGAAGCCUUAUUAUAAAGUGGUGUGCCUACUCUUCAUUCUUAGAAUUCUUUAAGACUUGCAAGUGUAAAUGUAAAGCUUGUUACUGUCUAUAUGUUAAAGAAAAAGCUUUCCAAAGUGACAGAAAUUCACAUCACCACAUUAAAGUGUUGCUUAUGUAGCACUGACAACAUUUUAAAAAAGGGUAGCAGGCCUUGAAAUUUUUAUAUAAGAACAUUUUGGGAUUGCAUGAGAUUUAAAACCCAUUGGCAAAUUACUAAUUUAAAACCCUAAAUUAAAUUCCAAAUUUAAAUUUUGCUUUUGAUUUCUCUUUAUUAUGCGCAAAUGUAUGUGUUCAGGUUUAUGUGAUUUAAUGUUAGUACUUCAUACAUUUUGUGAUGUGACUACUUGUUUGAUUGUUAUGCCAUAUGUGCCCAUUAAGAAUUUUUUUAAUUGCAAAUAUACUGAAAAAUAAUAAUAAUAUGAAAUGUCCUUGUACUCAUCACAAACUUCUUUGCCAUAUUUGCUUCUGGUUUUUAAAGAAAUAAAAUACUAUUUUGUAUUCUU